UUAGCAUGACCUAAGCAGCUGCACGCGAAGUGUUUUGUCUGCGCUCCGUUAGCUGCCUGCCGCAGGAGGACUGCUCUGUUUGGGAACUCUGGAGGAUCGGAUCUUCGCUUAUUGUUAUUGUUGUGCCGGCACGUCAAACGGGUAUCGCGCGGGUUAUUUGUGGACAGUUACCGUCACUCCAGCGGUUCUCGCGCUGUACGGCACAAAACUUGAAGCGUCUACGUGUCAAAACCUUCCCAACAGGUUUAAGUGUGCACUCGUUCGACAGAAAUGGGCUGCGGGUUGAGGAAGUUCCGUCAGACGGAAGACAACAGUCCAGGAAAGAUCUACUCCACCCUUAAGAGGCUUCAGGUGGAGACCAAGAUUGGGGUCACCUACACAUACCAGCACUUGGACUUCCUGGUGGGGAAAGACGAUGGGACGUCCACGCUGUGUCUGUCCUCAGUGAGGGAGCUGCCAUCACAGCUGCAGGAUCUGUACCAGCAGGGCUUCAUUCUAGCAGCUGUGCACCCGUUUAUCCAACCGUGUGGCCCAGAGCCUGCCAGUGUCCAGCGCCAGCUCUAUCGGGCAGUGCUCAUCAAAGUCUCUGACAGCUGGGAGAAGAAUCCAGGGGAUUUUGAGCCGUACCACCUGAAACUUGAGGAAUGCAUGUCUACAGAGCAGAUUCCCAGCACGGAACAAAUCCAAGGCUAUGUGAAAAAACAGAUCCAGGAUGCUGCGGAUCAGGGCAUCAUGUUUGUAGGCUUCAUCCAGGAGCCAGCUGGCCUACGCCCACACGUGCUGAGGCACGGAGAACCAGAGGAACCCUCGCUCUCCUUGCACUCCAGCCCUAGCUCGCUGCACGGCUCUGGGCAAACACCCAGCCCAAGUCCCCUAGAGGGUCCGGAGCUGUUAGAUGAACCUGGAGUGGAGAACCAAGCGAGGAACUGGGGAGGUGAGGAUCACACCGAGAACGUGAGAGCUUCUGAAGGUGGAGAUGGAGAUGAGUUCUUUGAUGAGACAUCGGGCAUGUUGAAAUCAGGAUCUGGUGAAACACAGCAAGGAGAUGCACUGACACACAACAACAAUGAUGCGGCCAAAAUCGCAGACACAACUGAGAAACCAAGCAGGUUGCCCCUGGCUAAGAGUGGAGCCGAGCUCUUUGGUUUGUUUAACUACCCCGGUCGCCGUGAGGGACAGUUGAAGUACUACACGGUUAAAGUGCCUCUACGAGUGCAUUCGCAAGGGGAAGGAAUCUGCACCAUAGAGGCAAACUGGCUAGAUCACAUGACUCAACAUUUCAACAACGGCGCUUCACUGGUGGACGGAUACUUCCAGCUGGCCAAUGACAAUGGUGAGACAGAUCUGAUCGCCAAGACCGUGGACAGCGUGUUUGUGUUCCAGGAAGGGGUGGAAGGCGACGCUAAUGCAGCAACUGCGUAUGACGCCAUAGUAGUGGAACAGUGGACAAUAAUUUAUGGUUUACAGGUGAAGACAGAUUAUGUUCCUUUGCUGCAGUCACUGGCUUCAUUCGGUUGGAGACUGACUUGUGUGCUGCCCACACCUAUUAUAAAGACUAACAGUGAUGGAAGUUUGGCCACCAAACAGAUUGUUUUCCUCCAAAGGCCAGUGCUGUCUCGCAAGAAGAAGGAAUCUAAGAAAGUCAUCUUUAAAAACCGGAACAAGUCCAACAAGAAUUCUGUCAAAGAUGCACCAAAGAACAAGAGGAAGAAAGAUAUCAGUGAUCAAAAGAUCUGUGACGGAGCGGAGAAGAUGGCCGAGGAAAGUAAUAUGAGCGUGAAUGAACGAGAGGCGAGAAACCGGCAUAAUGGCGCUGAUUCUGAAGUGAAACGUGGACAGAAAGAGGACAGAGAGAAAAAUACAGAGGACGCAAAUGAGACAGCAAAAGGAAGUGAGGUAGGAGCUGGCAAGGAAAAACAGGAAGAGGUGGGCGGUAAUGGAGAUGGAAAUGCUGAGAAGGAAAAUAAGGAUGAGAAAAAGUCAAACGUAAAAACAGUUGCUGAAAUGGGUCCAUGUCAAGACAAGUCCUCACAUGUAGAUAUGCUGACAGCACAAGAGACGGGACAGCGGGACAGUGAGGUGGACAAACAGGAAGACAGGUCAGCCAGCCAGAACCAUGGCAACGUGCAAGCGGAUAAAUUGGCACCGGCGCAGGAUGGCGUCUCAGCCAAUCAGGAUUGAAAUUGUGCUCACACCCAACAGGCCUAGAGACGUGGACCUUUAUGAAUGUUCAAAAUACUACACUGCAAAAAAUAUAUAUACAGUAUAUAUAUAUUUAUUAAUCAAAAUUUGUUUCGAGUAAAACAUCUAAACAUACUUAAAACACGAUAUAUUUAGUUGAGACGCUACAUUGCAUAAAAUCUAAAACAACAGUUUGUCUGUUUGACAAUCACAUAUUUUAUAUUUAAUGCACAGUUAUGUGGAGUUGAAUCAAUGAGACUUCACUCAGUGCCCGUCCAUUUUUUUUAGACGUCUUGUUUCCGGAAGUAUUUUCCUAUUCAUUUUUUCCACAGGGAUUUCAUAAAAUGGUUUAUCAACCAGUUCCAGGCUCAGAACUUAGGACAAAAAUGCCACUGAAAGUGAUAAAAUGCAAAUAAAUUACAAGGAUAAUUACUUUAUUAUUUUUUGUAAUUUAUUUAAUAUUGUACUCUAGGCCUAGUUAUGCAUUUUAUCUCUUGUUAAUAUUAAUAAACGGGUUAAAUUGAUGUAUUCAACCUAAAAUGAUGACAUAUAGUAUAUUUUUUAUAUAGUUUGGAAUAAAAAUGCCCUCAUUAAGGUAGAAAAUGCCCCUGUGAAUCAAAUUCAGGGGGCAAAUAUUGACCCAUUUUUUACAUUGACCAGUUCCGAGGUUACAAGCUUAAAAAUGAAGCCAAAAAUGUAAGAAAUGUGCACUUCUUGUCUUUAAUGAAGGAAUGAACUACAAUCCCAUGAAGCAUUGUAAAUGACAUAAUCUUUAUUGAUUACAAGUAUAGAAACAUAAUAUGUGUUUAUUGCUAAAAAGAAAUCAUAUAUAUAUACAAAUGUAUUAAUUUUAGAGUGUAGGGAGACCGACUCGCUUGCAUCAUUCAAAGUGCGUCAUGGGAGUGAGCAUUUGCUGUAGAGCUUUUUUGGCGCAUUUUAUUCAGCGUGAUUCUCUGAUUGGUGGCUCUUUCUCUGCAGGAUCAUGGGUAGUGUAGUUCUUUUCCAGUAAUUGUGCUAUUAAACACGAUUUUUGAAACAUUAAGUUGAAAUAACGCAAACUGAUGCCUUCAACAGAAGUAUUUACCAUCAGUUAACAACCUCAGCGCUCAUGGUUGGUCUGUCUCUAAUCAAUUUCCCUAUGGAAAAAGAUAUGAAUGAAAACUUCACUAAAGUUUGUUCAAUUUAUGCUUCGAACAAGAAGAAACAAAUUCAAGAUACGUCUUCAUAAAGGCAGUUUUGCUUCUCAAGUAAAGUUAUCUUGUUUAAAGAAUGUUUAGAUUUCUUUACGGUAAAAAAGACAAAAAUACUGAAAAUGAAAAAGAUGUUUGCAGUGUAGCUUACUGUUGCAGACAGUUGCACUGUCAUGCAAACACCUCAACUGACAUUGUGACCUCUUGAACAUUUCAACUUGCUGGCGAGCGAGCGAUACAGUCCCUUCCCCAUUGAGUUCUUUAAAUGAACUGAGAGGACUCCAGGAAGAGGGAGGAGAUAUGGGAAGAGAUUUUUAUCAGUAAAUGCACUGCAUAGGAAAACCACAUUAAUAUUUACUCUAUGUGCCCAGCGGGCCGGGGACCGACUCAAAGUCUGCACUUCUACCAUACUGCAUUCUGAAGACAGCAGACGCACUGGGAGGACAUGGUUACUUAUGCGAGAAGCAAUCGAUUGUGAUGUAAGGUGCAUAUGUUUGUGUGUGUUUUUGUUUACGUUAACAUUAAUAUUUCAUGUUGCAAUUCCAAAUGAAAGGGUCACCUCAAAAUUAAAAUGUAGGUU